CGCCCUCAGCAUGGCGGCGGCGCGGGCAUUGCGGGUGGCGGCGCGGCGGAGGCCGGUGCUCGGCCUCGCGGGGCUCAGGGCGUUUUGGGGCGGCCCUAGCAGGGAGGACAGAGCAGUGGAAGCAGACCAAGCAGCUCCUGAGAAGGAGGAGAGGAGCGAGCCCAGCCUGAUCUGCCCCCCGCCACGCAGCCGGAGUUACUUCCCUCCCGAGGACCUGCAGAGCUGCCUCGAGUCCCACGUCAGGGAGGUCUUUGGGCCCUCUCUUCCUGAGGACUGGCAGCAGACUCCCCUGCAGGAGAACAGGCUGAAACAUCGCCUGCUGGCCCGGCUGGCAGCUGAGCUGGGACACGCUGUUCCCAACUCCCAGCUGCACCAGAUGCGCUGUGCCGGGGAUGUGCUGGGUUUCUAUCGCACCCCUGUGAAGGAUGGGAGCAAGAUCGAUGAACUUGCAGCUGCAGAGCUGCCCCCAAACCUGAAAAUCAUCUGGCAGCAGUGAGUGCCCCCACGGAGCAUUGCUGUGGUACCUGGCUUGUGCUGCAGGCAGCAGCAGAGCCCUCUCGUUGGGGUGAAACCUGUGAAUUUCACUAAUAAAGGUUCACUGAAAUCUC